AUGGGAAAACCAAGAUCGCUUACCCCUUUUCCAAGGAGGUCCCGUCAGCGCGACGACGGGCCUCGGGCCGAUCCGAACUCCGGGGAGAAUGACAUCCAACAAUUUGACCCAUAUGACACCAGACAUCUUCAACAGAGCACGAAUACAAACAGCUCACGUGCCAAUAACACGAUCAUCGGGACCGAGAAAACAUCUAGCCGGCUCCCGCUUCAAAGAGAGGCAAUCCCCCCCGGCCAAAAUGCGAAACGGUCCGAUGCAAAAUCCACCCGAAGAAAGAACAGCUUUGACGAUAACCGCACUCGACGGGUUCCAGCAGAUGGUGGCAGACCUGAAGUCUCUCCGGAUAGUAGUUACCGGCAUACUGACGGAUUCGAUUCACGUCACGACCUUAACCGUCCAAGGAGUUUAGAUCGAUUCGAUUACCAGGAUGAAUAUGCUGUGCAAGCCGAUGACCGGUAUGCUGGCCGCUCCGAGUCAAACAUUGGUCACCACCGGAGUCGAUCCAGCUCGAUUGGUACAUAUCGAUCCAGCUCGAGUGAUACAUAUGGCAGACCUCAGUCGUUAACUGGAAGCCGUCCUGAUGACGAGUAUGCUGGCCGCUCCGAGUCGAACAUCGGGCGCAGGCGUCAAUCCAACUCCUCGAACGUUGAUCACAUCAGACGCACAUCGAGAGACCGAGGUCGCCGUCCUAAUGACAGGCAUGGUGGCCGCUCCGAGUCAACACAACGUGGUCGUGGCUCAGAUCGCGAGGAGAGUCGCCGCCGGUCCAGUUCAAGCCGGCUUAGACGAGAUAGAAAGAGAAAGGAGGAUUCUCGACAAUUCAGCACCAAGAGACUUAGCAAAGACCACGUUACGAUGAUUUAUACAGAAGACGAGCCUCGAAUUGAAAUCAGCAAUACGGAGAUCAAACGGGGCAUGUACGGUCAACAAGCGGCCAUAUACUUUCUUUUCAAAGUAAAUGUCCGCGAUGCUGAAAAGAUCAAAGAUAAAUUGGUGAUAAAAUUCCAGUUCCUCGGAGAUCUUGCUUCUCAGACGGUCAGAGUAUUGAAAGUAUCUCCUGAGAGCAUCCGGACCCCUUCGAACCCAGUGAACAGGACGAAGAAUGGGGGUGUGGAAUUCGGUUUUGAGAAGUUCGCGAACGUGAAUCUCUCUGGGGAGAAAACAAAGUCUUGGACUCACCAGGACUUUUGGCAGUUGAAAGGUCAAGGGCUGGUCUACGACGUCGAAGCUAGUCUCAAACGAAGUGGUGCUGGUGCCCCGAUAAUCCCCGUACCUUUCAAUUUGCAGUUCGUGAUCUCGGAUUUCGGCCAGGAACGGUUUCAUAUCGCCUGUGAUGUUGAUUGGACACGAAAAGGCAUGAGCCUUUCUGACGAUGGGUGGACUGGCUUUUGGAGAGAAGUCGAUAUGUCUACGAGGGCUUGGGAGAAAGAUAAUUUCAUAUGGUGGACAACACAACAGUGGGAGAGCAAAGGAAAGCCUGUUGGCUUCGAAAAAGAGUCAGGUCAUUGGUAUUGGUGA